AUGGGAGGCCCCUACGCCCCCGUCAUAGCCCAACUUGGCGGCCGACCAACGAAGAAUGUCGACAUACCAAUCUGCUCCGUCUUCCUCGUCGCAUUCCUCGGUUUCGGUAUCUCCCACAUGGUCCUUUUCCGCCGCAAUCUCGCCCGAGGCCACAAAUUCAUCCCCUCCGCCGUGACAUUCGGUUUCUGCAUGUCCCGUGUCGUCGCCAACGUGAUCCGUAUAACAUGGGCCUGUUAUCCUAAUAAUGUGCGAAUCGCAAUUGCUGCGCAGAUCUUCGUCGCGGCUGGUGUUUUGCUCCUGUUCAUCUUGAACCUGCUAUACGCGCAGCGCAUGCUACGUGCUGCGUUACCGGCUCUUGGCUGGUCGCGCCCUGUCUCGUGGACGUUCAAGGCUCUCUAUAUUUUGGUGGUGAUUUCGAUUAUUAUGCUUAUUACGGUUGUUAUUCAGAGUAUGUACACGCUUAAUGCGAAUACGCAUCGCAUCGAUCGUGAUAUUCAACUCUACGGCGCGACAUACUUUGCUAUCGUCUCGUUCCUGCCGUUGCCUAUCGUCUCGCUGGUAAUGCUCUUCGCAGAGAAGGAGAAAGUUGACUCUUUUGGAUCGGGAUCAUGGCGGACCAAGGGUCUCAUCGUCUUCGUGGCUGGGACACUGUUGUGUCUCGGUGCUUCGUUCCGUGCUGGAACUAGCUGGAUGGCACCGCAUCCCAUCUAUGACCCGCCGUCAUAUAUGCACAAGGCCUGCUUUUACGUCUUCGAUUUUGGAAUCGAUAUCUCGGUCGUCAUCCUUUUCUUGUUCUCUCGUGUGGACAAGCGGUUCCAUGUCCCGAAUGGAAGCUCCAAGGUGCGACAUUACCGUGGGAGUGAUGGAGCUGAAAAGGGUAGCUCGGUCGAGCAGAUCCAAAAAGAUGAAACGCAGCGAGAUAUUGAGAGUAGCAGCAGCUAG